GCGACUGCACUAUAAGGUCCCAGUGUUACUUUCGUAACACUAUGAUUGUAUGUAAUUGUACGGGUAGCGGAUUCACAGGCACAUACUGUGAACAAAAUAUUGAUGACUGCUUGGCUAGUCCAUGUUUAAAUGGUGGUACAUGUAACGACGGAGUAAACGAAUAUACAUGUUCUUGUGCGCCAGGGUAUAAUGGUUCGAAUUGUGAAAUAGAUAUAGAUGAAUGCGUGGGUAAUCCAUGUAUAAAUGAUGGUACAUGUAACGACGGAGUAAACGAAUAUACAUGUUCUUGUGCGCCAGGGUAUACUGGUUCGAAUUGUGAAACAGAUAUAGAUGAAUGCGUGGGUAAUCCAUGUAUAAAUGAUGGUACAUGUAACGACGGAGUAAACGAAUAUACAUGUUCUUGUGCGCCAGGGUAUAAUGGUACAAAUUGUGAAAUAGAUAUAGAUGAAUGCGUGGGUAAUCCAUGUAUAAAUGAUGGUACAUGUAACGACGGAGUAAACGAAUAUACAUGUUCUUGUGCGCCAGGGUAUAAUGGUACAAAUUGUGAAAUAGAUAUAGAUGAAUGCGUGGGUAAUCCAUGUAUAAAUGAUGGUACAUGUAACGACGGAGUAAACGAAUAUACAUGUUCUUGUGCGCCAGGGUAUACUGGUUGGAAUUGCGAAAUAGCUUUAGAUGUAGAUGAGUGCGUGGGUAAUCCAUGUAUAAAUGAUGGUACAUGUAACGACGGAGUAAACGAAUAUACAUGUUCUUGUGCGCCAGGGUAUACUGGUACAAAUUGUGAAAUAGAUAUAAAUGAAUGCUCGGGUAAUCCAUGUAUAAAUGGUGGAACAUGUAAUAACGGAGUAAACGAAUAUACAUGUUCUUGUGUGCCUGGAUUUACUGGUAACAAUUGUGAAAUAGAAGUUCCUGGAGACGCGUGUCCUGAAGGAUGGACCGAAUUUGAAAGCAGUUGUUAUCUGUUUGUAUCUGGUUUUAUGACUUGGGAAGAAGCCAAGAGCGACUGCGAAUCUAAAGGUGCAUACCUUAUUGAGAUCACAAGCGAUGCUGAAAAUUUGUUUGCAAAUAAUUUGAUGGAUCAAAAUAGCAAAAAUUAUGUUUGGAUAGGAUUAAAUGACAGAACAACUGAAGGACAAUUCGUUUGGGAAUAUUCGGGAGAAACACCAACUUUCAGUCCACCAAACUUUGCUUAUUCUUAUGCUUUCAAUUCUGCGUUAAAUGAUUGUGCUUAUGCGUUUUAUAGCCCGCUGUAUAAUGUUUGGUACCUGUAUACUUGUUCAGGCGGCACCGCCAGUUAUAUUUGUGAACAAGCAUUGUGAACCAAGGCAGGAAGAAAUACAAACUGAAGAAUGAUGUACUAACUUAAAAGUUUUCUUGUGAAUUUUUCUCUGGAUACAAACCUAACACAAUUCAUGAUUUAUAGAAUAUUGCAAGUAGUUAUAUCAAUAAUAAAAUUGAUGUAAUGAGUAAA